AUGGCGACUCCGCCGGCAGAAGCUCGCAGCAAUAGAGCAGCGGUGCAGGCUACGAACGACGAUGCAUCCGCCAGUAAAUUGUCCUGUGUCAAAAAAGGAUAUAUGAAAGACGAUUAUGUUCAUCUCUUUGUGAAAAGACCUGUUCGACGAUCCCCAAUAAUUAAUCGAGGUUACUUUUCCCGUUGGGCUGCCUUCCGCCAGCUUUUGUCUCAGUUUCUGGAAAGUUCUCAAGCCAAGAAGCAGAUAGUGUCACUCGGAGCUGGUUUUGAUACUACCUAUUUUCAGUUGCUGGAUGAGGGGAAAGGGCCCGAUUUGUAUGUGGAACUGGAUUUCAAGGAGGUAACAAGUAAGAAGGCUGCUGUUAUAGAAAACUCCAGUCAACUCAGGGACAAACUAGGACCCAAUGCAUCUAUUUCAGUUGAGAACGGCCAAGUGCUCAGUGAUCACUACAAGUUACUUCCAGUUGACCUGCGUGAUAUACCGAAAUUAAGAGAUGUUAUAUCGUUUGCUGAGAUGGAUCCAAGUCUGCCCACAUUUAUUAUUGCAGAAUGUGUUUUGAUAUAUCUGGACCCAGAUUCUAGCCGUGCCAUCGUCAAUUGGGCGUCAAAAACGUUUCCAACUGCUGCAUUUUUCUUAUAUGAGCAGAUACAUCCAGAUGAUGCGUUUGGACAUCAAAUGAUUAGAAAUUUGGAGACUCGGGGUUGUGCACUCUUAAGCAUUGACGCAUCUCCGACUUUGCUAGCAAAGGAGAGAUUGUUUCUUGACAAUGGAUGGCAGAGAGCUGUUGCCUGGGACAUGCUAAAAGUGUAUGGUAGCUUUGUUAAUACUCAAGAAAAACGCAGGAUCGAGCGAUUGGAGCUGUUUGACGAAUUUGAAGAGUGGCACAUGAUGCAGGAGCAUUACUGUGUGACAUAUGCUGUCAAUGACGCAAUGGGAAUAUUUGGGGAUUUUGGUUUCAGUAGAGAAGGGGGCAGUGAAAGCAUCAGAAGCAUCUCAUCACCUUGA